AUGGUCAAACCUCUUCCUGGUGACCGUCACUUUGACGUCAGUUCAGGUGACAACCUUAAGAUGGCUAUCACCAAGAGACUCAAUCAUCCUCUGUAUGAGAUUGUGCAGCUCGGCAACAAGUCUGAGAACCCAGUCAGCCACCUCUCCAACGGCCUCUCCUUCGCUAGCCUUGCUACCACAGUCUGCUUCGUCAAGUCUCUUUUUGACAAUGCCAUCGAAGCCAAGAAGCGUGGACAAGAUUACCUUGUGCCAGCUUGGUUGUUUGCAGCAUCUCAAGUGUUCGAAAAUGGUGCAACCAUCAGUGAUGGGGUGUGGCGUCUUAUUGUCAAUUCUAUCCGGAGCACAACCCCACGACCAACACUCCGUGUCCUUGGUCAUAAAGUCCCAAUUGUCGAUGUCUUUGUGACUUGCUGUGGCGAACAAAAUGACAUAGUCAUCGACACUCUCAAGGCGGCGUGUGCAAUGGACUAUCCAAUCAGCAAGUUCCGAGUCAUCUGUGCCGACGAUGGCAAGAAUCCCAGAUUGAAGAAGGCGUGUGGAGAACUCGUCAACAAGUACACCAACCUCGUGUACUACUCUCGCCAGAAGCCUGACGACGGCAACCAUGGAUACAAAGCAGGAAACCUGAAUGUCACCUGGAAGGCCCUCGGCACAUCAGCAGAGUUCCUUGCUUGCUUUGACGCAGACAUGAUCCCAGAGCCUGGCUUCCUUCGUGCACUUCUUCCUCAUGCGUUGAUUGAUGACAAGGUUGGCAUGGUCACCUGCGCACAGCACCAUUACAACAUCCCAGACAACGAUCCUUUGUACCAGUCGAACAUCACCGGCACUGGUGCCGAUGAUGGAAUACGAGACUCGGUUAACGCCUCAUGGUGCCCAGGAAGUGGCUUCAUCAUCAGAAAGACUGCCUGGAAAGAGAUCGGUGAAUUCCCUACCUUCUCCAUCACAGAAGACCUGAUCACCAGCUGGAUGUUACAUGGCAAAGGCUGGAAGAUCGUGCUCGUCCAUGAGUAUCUCCAAUGGGGACUUCAACCAGAUUGUCUCUUGUCACACUUGAAGCAACGCCGCAGAUGGUGGGCUGGUCACGUUCGUGAUGGCUUCACACUGGACUUCUCCUUUGACAAACGUCUUUGGGGAGCAACCCUCGUCCAGCGAGUCGCCAUGUUUCAUCACUGUUGCCGCCCAUACCUGUACACCGUGUGGAAGCUGAUGGCUCUCAUGUUGAUCCUCCUGGCUCUGAUCAUCCCGGGAUCUGUCGUUCCUGUUGCGGACGUCAACGGCCUCUGGAAGAUUGUCUUGUUUGUCGCUGUUCAACAAGUCUUCAGCAUGUACGCAGACUGCAAAUCCAUCUGGAGCGGCAUGUUUUGGAACCUGCGACGUCGUCAAGCAACCAAUGCCUGGCUUGGAAUUCAUUUCACCAGAGACGUCAUCGGCAGUAUGAUGCCCAAGACCUGGGGUGGCCUUCGCCUUGGCUUCGAGGUUAGCGGUACAGACUCCGUGCCAAAGAAAGCCAUCAAGGAAAGAUACCUCAAGCAUCGUCCUGAAGGAAUGUGGGACCGCCUCGCCCUUGUUCACCAUCGUGAAGGAAUCAUGUACCACGGUGCUCUUGUCUUUGUCUUUCUCUGCGCCAUCAUCUUGUGCGUCUGGACCGACUACAGUUUCGUGUCUGGUACCCCUUACUGGCUUCGGAUCAUGGCUGGUGUCGGUUUCACUGGUCACUUUCUGAUUGCUUAUCUUCCUCUUCACAUUACUCCCAUGGAGUACAUGAUGUAUCCACCAACAAUGCCAACCAGACGUCGCUGCAUGGUCUUUGAGCAACCAGCCAGACUUUGGCGUGCGGCACCAGAAUUCAAGGGAAUCAAGUGGACCAGAGCCAGUUGGUGGUUGGAGAUCCCACACUCUCUCGGACGUAUGUGGUUGUUGAUGACAGUUGCUACCUUGUGGCUUUCGACUCGCGCUGGCGCGGUUUGA